AUGAGGCGUGGUCGAGCGGGAGCUGGUUAUCGUCGUGGUCCGGGACGACCACGGAAACAACCUAUUGAGGCUGAGGAACCAGAACCAGCAACUCAGGAGGCGGAUUCUUCUAGGGAUCCAAAGGAUGUUGAGACGGCUAGUCGGGGACAGACCCAUCAGACUCCUAGAGAUCAGGGACGUCAGCCUCAGGAGAUCGCUUCAAUCAUACCAUCUGGUAGGAAUCGGGAAUUUCAGCCUCAGGGUAUUCCCUCCGGGAUACCAUCAGCAUUUCCUACUCCUGCUACUACUGAUUGGAUGAGGGACAGAGCUCGGAUACCGUUGCUGGCGAGGUCCGUCAAGGACAGAUUUACCUUAUAUUUGGGCGGAGCAGAUCCUUGGGCUGCUCGAAGUUGGUUGAAGAAUGUAGAGAGCACCUUUGAGUACCUGAGUUGCACGGAUGAGGAGAAAGUGGAACUGGCAGCGUAUCAUCUCCGAGAUCAAGCAGUCAUAUGGUGGGACAUGCAGAAGACGAUCUUUGGAGAGCAGCGCAUCACAUGGGCGAUGUUCCGAGACGCGUUUGAGCGGCAAUAUUUCCCAGCGACUUUCUGUCUAGCUCGACGCCAGGAAUUUCUGAAUCUCAAGCAGGGCGACCGGUCAGUGAUGGAGUACAAUGCUGAAUUCUGUAGGUUGGCAGAAUUUUAUCCUCACUUAGUGGCACAAGAUUAUGAUCGUAUGCAGCAGUUCACUCAGGGUCUUGCAGCAUACAUUCGGAUUCGGAUGUUAGGAUUUCCAGGUAGUUCCUAUCGGGAGGUUCUAGAUCGAGCACUAUUCAUAGAGAUGACUCAGCAGCAAAGUCACACCAGGAAUAGUUGCCCGUUGGAUCAUGCUAUAUGUUUCUACUGUAAACUUCCGGGGCAUGAGAGUCGGGAUUGUACUCUGAAAGCACAGUUGGAGGCUCCUAAAGCUACAUCUCAGGGGGAAUCAUCCUCUCAGUCACGUUCACAGAGGAGAUCGCAGAAGACCCAGAGUGCCCCACGUCAGCAACGACCACAGCCUUCUCAGGGACAGAUAUACCAUGUGCAGGGUCAGGAGCCAGCGACUACACAGUAUUCUGCCGCAGCGUUUUCUCAUCAGGCAUUUCCAGCACAGCAGGAUUUUCAUCCACAUCAGCCUUACUCAGCAUAUCAGCAGCAGCCUCAGUCUCAGUAUCAGCAGCCGGUUCCCACACCUAAGAUGCCAGCGCAGGCCACUUCAGGGAUACCACCGCCGAGCUCAGAGGUGGGUCGUGUUUAUGCGGUUACACGGGAGGAGGCGCAGCGAGCUGAGGGAUCGGUUUUCCGAGGUACUAUUUCAGUUUAUACAUUUACGGCAGAUUUAUUGAUAGAUACUGGUAGUUCCCAUUCAUUCAUAUCUCGAGUAUUUCUGGGUAAAAUCGGGAGAUUGCCUAGUCGUCGGACACACGGGCUGACAGUAUCUCUACCAUCUGGCGAGGUACUAAGUAUUAGUCUGGAAGUCAAAGGAUCUCCUUUAGACUUCAAUGGUCAGACUAUUAUGGUGGAUCUGCAGGUAUUGGAGAUGGUGGAAUUUGACAUUAUUUUGGGCAUGGAUUGGCUGGCCAUGAACCAUGCCACAGUUGACUGCAGAGCAAGAGUAGUCACAUUCCGACCUCCCGGUUUACCAUCGUGGUCAUUCAUCGGAACCGGGGGUGAUGGGAUAUCAGUCAUAUCAGCAAUGCAAGCGAGAAGAUUGUUGUCGCAGGGUUGUCAGGGAUAUUUGCUGUCUAUGGUUAAAGCUGAUACAGAUGCAUUACCACGACUCUCGGACGUUCCUAUUGUUCGAGAAUUUUCAGAUGUAUUCCCUGACGAACUCCCCGGUUUGCCUCCUAAAAGGCAAGUCGAGUUUAUGAUUGAGUUGGUUCUGGGAACCGCACCGGUAUCCAAGACCCCUUAUCGCAUGGCACCAAAGGAGUUAGAGGAGCUGAAGGUUCAGUUACAGGAGCUGUUGGACAGAGGAUUUAUCCGUCCCAGUGUUUCUCCGUGGGGAGCACCAGUACUCUUCGUUAAGAAGAAAGACGGAUCACUGAGACUAUGUAUUGAUUACCGACAAUUGAAUGCGGUCACUAUCAAGAACAAAUAUCCGCUGCCACGUAUAGAAGAUUUAUUUGAUCAGCUGAAGGAUACCUGUGUAUAUUCAAAGAUUGAUUUGCGCUCAGGCUAUCAUCAGCUCAGGGUUGGAGAUGCGGAUAUUCCGAAGACAGCAUUUCGCACUCGUUAUGGUCAUUACGAGUUCUUGGUAAUGCCAUUUGGGCUUACCAAUGCCCCAGCAGUGUUUAUGGAUCUGAUGAACAGAGUGUUCCUGGAGUACUUAGAUCGGUUCGUCAUUGUGUUCAUUGACGAUAUUCUGAUAUAUUCACGAUCUGAGGAGGAGCACAUGCGACAUCUUCGCAUAGUUUUGGAGACGCUUCGGCGAGAACACCUCUAUGCGAAGUUUAGUAAAUGCGCCUUUUGGCUACCUUCGGUGGGUUUUCUUGGACAUGUUGUCUCCAGCAGAGGUAUAUCUGUGGAUCCACAGAAGAUUGAGGCCAUCACUGGUUGGGAGCAGCCGAAGACAGUACAGGAGAUUCGUAGCUUUUUGGGAUUAGUUGGGUAUUAUCGGAGAUUUGUUGAGGGCUUUUCCAGCAUAGCCUUACCAUUGACUCGAUUGACCCGGAAGGGAGAGAAGUUUAGCUGGACAGAAUCUUGUGAGCAGAGCUUCCAGGAGCUCAAACGGAGACUUGUUACUGCACCAGUGUUAGUACUUCCUUCUGGCGUGGAUGGAUUUGUACUUUUCACGGAUGCAUCAUAUCAGGGGCUGGGUGCCGUACUUAUGCAGCGCGAUCGUGUGGUGUCAUAUGCCUCACGUCAGCUGAAGGAUCAUGAGAGGAACUAUCCAGUCCAUGAUUUGGAGUUGGCAGCUAUCAUCUUCGCGCUGAAGAUUUGGCGACAUCAUUUAUAUGGGAUCACCUUUGAGAUUUAUACUGAUCAUAAAAUGGAGCGUAUCAAAGAGGCUCAGGCUACAGAUCAGCAUCUGCAGUUUUUACGUAGCAGAGUUACCUCAGGACAGCAGACAGAGUUUGCUUGUGAUGAUAGUGGAAUUCUGUAUUUCCGCGGCAGAUUAUGUGUCCCUGAGUCACAUCCUGUCCAGGAGGACUUACUACGGGAAGCACAUCGAUCUAGAUUUGCGAUUCAUCCAGGAGGUACUCGCAUGUACAGGGAUCUGAAACGAUCAUACUGGUGGAAUGGUAUGAAGAAGGAUAUUGCGACAUUCGUGGCACAGUGUUUAGUUUGUCAGCAGAUUAAGGAGAGCAUCAGAGACCAGCUGGGUUACUGCAGAAGAUAG